AUGAUACAAGUGGCCGCGACGCCGAUGAUCGUUAAACCAAAAAUCGGAUUCUCCAUAGAGUCYAUCGUGGGCGCGGGUUCACGAUCGCCGGCCAGGAGUGAAGGUUCGUCGGUGGCGCACGACGAGAGCGAGGCGUGCAGUUCGGCUGCCGGAUCGCCGCUGAAUCCGGGAAGCGUAUCGCCGCCGCCUCAUCAUCACCAUCACCACCACCAACAACACCAUCAGCAACACCAGCAUCAGCAAUCCCACCACGUGCACCAACAUCAGCAGCAACAAGAACAGCAGCAGACAUCUGCAGCCAGCGGUACAACGGUAUUCAAGCCGUCAGCACUACCAGCCUCCGCCGGUCCAGACAUACCAGGAUUUUUAUUACAACCCUUCAGAAAACCCAAAAGAAUAAGGACCGCUUUCAGCCCCAGUCAACUACUUAAAUUGGAACACGCUUUUGAGAAAAACCAUUACGUCGUUGGCGCCGAAAGAAAACAGUUGGCCCAAUCGCUGAGUUUAACCGAAACACAGGUCAAAGUUUGGUUCCAAAACAGGCGCACAAAACACAAGAGGAUGCAACAGGAAGAAGAGGCCAAAGUGCAGCAACAACAAUCUGGCGGCGGUGGUGGCUCGAAGAAUUCGCAUCACGUCAACAAGUGGAAGCAGGAGACCCAGAACAGCGGAUCGGACAGCGAAAUGCACCACUACGGCGAGGGUUCACCGCAAUCGGCGCAGCACAGGGACGACGGGACAAUGCACUACGACGGAUACAGCUCCGAAGCGGACAGUGACGUAUGAAUGAUGUGCGAAUUCGUGAAUGAUGUACCGACAGAGGUAUCAUCACUGGACCAAGCGAUACCUCAGCCGCAUAGUGUCACGUGUCCAAUGCGAUCGCCAUCUGCGCAGCCCAUUGRUGUUGGUUAUAUAAAACAUAACCGGAUGUAUAAUGUACAUACAUAAGUGUAUUAUAAUUUUGUUCAAUUAUUAUUGUCCAUCUUGUACGCACAAAAAUGGAAACUGUCCAUUUUUCUAGUCAUUUUGUGUACGUCGUUGUUUUUAAUCCUCUCUUGUGGUACAUAUAAAUACAUAAUGUAUUAUAUUUUAUAUUAAAUGGAACGCUGUAAAUAAUCGAAGGUUAAAUAUGUAAAAUGUCAGCGUGUAAAUAACAUAUUUGUAGUGAGUAUAUAUAUAUUCAUAAUAUAUAAAUA